AUGGCGGACCUGAUGGUGGGUUUGGCCAAGUCGGUGGUGGUGGGGGCACUGAGCCAGGCCCAGGCGGCAAUCGAGGAGGAGGCGAAGCUGCGGCGGAAGGCGGGGCAAAACAUGGUGUUCAUCACAUUGGAGUUCCAAAUGAUCCACUCUUUUCUCGAAGUCGCAACUGAAGAGCGCCUCAAGAACAAUCUGAUGAAGACCUGGGUGAGGCAGGUCCGCGAGCUCGCCAACGACCUUGAGGACUGCAUCGAGUUCGUCGUUCACCUCGAUAAGAAGUCCACCUGGUAUUUCCGUUUGCUCCCGGCAUGGAUCACACCGCCUCCACUUCUGGAUGAGGCGGUGGCAGAGAUAGACGUGCUGAGGGCCAGGGCGGAGGAGCUGAGCAAGUGCUACUUGCGCUACAGCCACAUCAUGGACUCUGACCCAAAGCUGUUCAAGCUGCAACAGCACGAAACGUCUGGCGCCGCCUCCGGCGCAGUUGCAGUCAGGAUGCUCUUGAAGUCAAGGGAGGCCUCCGAAAGGAAGUCAUGCCUUUGGGAUCUUGCCCAGUUGAUCACCGAGAAAGGCGACCAAGAACUUCAAGUUAUCUCAGUGUGGGAGACGGUCGACGGCGACCUCGGCACCACACCGAUUAUCAGGAAGGUAUACAAUGACCCAUGGUUCGUCACGUACUUCACGUGCCGAGCUUGGGUGAAGAUCAUGCAUCCUUUUAAUCCCCGGGAUUUCAUCCGGAGCUUGAUGGCUCAGUUCUAUGAGAACUCUCGCGAAGAAUCAACCAAUGUAGGGACGCAUGUCCUAACCAAGAUGGAGGCCGCCCAUGAUGACAUCGUCAGGGAGUUCGAGCAGCUUAUUAUGAAGAAGAGGUACCUUAUCGUCCUGGAAGGUUUUUCAAACAUGUUAGAGUGGGAUACUAUCAGGACGUUUCUUCCUGAUAUGAAAAAUGGAAGCUGGAUCAUUGUCUCCACGCAACGCUUUGAGAUAGCAAGCUUGUGCAUAGGACAUUCUUAUCAGCUAACGGAGCUGAAGCGGUUCUCGGCUGAGCACUCUGUGUGUGCCCUCUUCAAGGAGUGUUCUCAAGGCAAUGGAGAUAGAUGCGACAAUCCAGUGACGAGUGAAGUGAGCCAAUCUUCCUCCAAUGAAGAAACCCCCUGUAAAAAGGAAGCAGCCUGUGACGAGAGGACGAAGCACCUCCUUGUUGGACGCAAGUCCGAAAUUAAUGAUCUCCGUCAUCAUACACAUCCCUUUGGCUCCAGGCAAGUUGUGUCCGUGUGGGGGAUAGCUGGCGUUGGAAAAUCAGCUCUGGUGCGAAACGUGUACAAUGAGCACAGAACGGCUAAACGAUUUAGCAAGUGCAUCUGGGUGGAUAUAUCACAACCCUUCAAUUUAAGUGACUUCUGUCGGAGCACACUUUCGGAUUUUCAAUCAGAAAAACACCCCAUUGAAGAGUGCCGUCAGCUUCUUCAAAAUCAACGGUGCCUACUUGUCAUCGAUGAUCUCCAGUCCAUGGAAGAAUGGGACAUGAUAAAUACGACCUUGUUAUCUCAAGCUUUCAAAAGUGUCGUCGUCAUCAUUACAACAGAAGCAAGCAUCGCAUAUCGUGCAAACAGCUCAUUUUAUAUCAAAGCACUAGAAGCUGAUGCUGCCAUUGAUCUAUUCAAAACGCAGAUCCAGCUGAAGAAGCCGUCAUCACCGCUGUUGCGUUACAGAAGUGAGGAGAUAGAAGAACUUGUUUUGAGGUGUGGGGGUCUUCCCAGUGUAAUUGUUGCGAUAGCAGGUGUAUUCGCUGAACUGACGGUCACAGCGAGAUGUAAUUUGAAUUGGGGAUUUAUGCACCACCUGGAGACCAAGCCGGAGUAUGAUAGUCUACGGGGUCUAAUUGGUUGGAUGGAUUCCUUCUUUCGUACUUGUCCUGAUAAACUCAAGCCAUGUAUCAUGUACCUGUCAAUUUUUCAUCAGCAUGAAAUCAUUAGGCGGAGGCGCAUAACAAGGCGGUGGAUUGCAGAGGGUUAUGCGAGGGACAGCUAUGAAGUAACUGCACACAGGAACGGGGAGCUUUACUUCUGCCGCCUCCUUGAUUUGAACAUAAUCCAGCAGCCACACAAAAAAAUUGGCACCGCCAAACCGGGUGACACAAAGAUGGUUCUGUGCCAGGUCAAUGCUUUCUUCAGUGAAUACAUCAUAUCACGGCUAUUAGAGGAGAACUUUGUGUUUAAUCUAUCGGGUCAUUGUGCUCCAACCACCCAGCGCACAGGGCGUCACCUUAUCAUACAUAAACAUUGGGAUAGAGACAUAAAUGUUUUCAAGAGCACCGACUUCUCGCGGCUACGGUCACUGACAGUGUAUGGCAAGUGGUGCUCAUUCGUUGUCUCUGAAAGAAUGAAGUUUCUCCGGGUGCUUGAUCUGGAGGAUGCAUCUGGAGUAAGAGAUGAGGAUCUCGAGAAGAUCGUUAAAUGGCUGCGUCGCCUCAAAUUCCUCUCACUGCGUGGACAGCGUGAGAUAUACCAUCUACCAAAUUCACUGGGUCAUCUCAGGCAACUGCAGACCCUGGAUAUCAGACACACGUCAAUAGUCACCUUGCCGGAGAGCAUCACCAAGUUACAAAAGCUACAGUACAUACGUGCUGGCAACACAACCGACAGUAACCCAGCUGCAUCAGCACCACCUACUUCAUCCAGCAGUCGGUUCUGUAGAUCUCGUCGUCACACGGUUGGUGUUGAAGUGCCUAGAGGGGUUGGCGAACUCACAGGGUUGCACACACUCGGUGUCAUCAAUGUCGGUGCUUCACGGGGGAAGGCCGUCCUGGAAGAGGUCAAGAAGCUCACACAGUUGCGCAAGCUUGGGGUGUCUGGCAUCAGCAGGAAAAACAAGGAGUUUUUAUCUGCAAUAGUGGAGGGUCACGGCCAUCUCAAAUCGUUAUCAGUGCAUCUCGACCAGGACAAUAAGGGUUGCUUGGAUGACAUCUCCCUGCCUUGGAAGAACCUAAAGAGUCUUAAGCUGUAUGGGCUUGCACAUACGUUGCCACUUUCAAGCAAUCCAGAUCAGUAUGGCAAGCUCAGAAAACUGAAUCUGGAGAUGGAGACUUUAGAGCCAAGUGGCAUUGAGGUCAUUGCACGGCUACCAGAACUAUGCAUCCUACGCCUUCGAGUCAAACAGCAGCUACAGGAUGGUAAGCUCCAUUUUUUAUGCUGA